AUGUCGAGUAUCAAGGAGCAGGAGUCCACUGGACCGAGGACGGGGGCCAUGUCCAGGACUCAGCAGUAUCGCAAGGUGCUGAAGCCACUGCUGGAGAGGAAGAGAAGGGCUCGCAUCAACCGCUGCGUGGAGGAUCUGAAGAACCUGCUCAAGGACCUGAUCCAUAUGGAUGCUGAAGCUAUGGCCAAAAUGGAGAAGGCUGACAUUCUGGAGCUGACCGUUUAUCACCUGCACAGGCAGCACCGCCCUGCAGCCACGCCCACUACGCCCUCUGUCUGCGAACCGCUGACCGAGCAAAUAGCCACGGAGCGGUACUGGAGCGGUUUUCGACAUUGCGCCCUGGAAGUAUCCCGCUUUUUGCAACGCAACAACUGUCAGCUCAACUCCAAGUUCGUUGAGGAAAUGGAGAAGCUUGUGCCCUUCGAACAACUUUUCUGGCGGCCAUGGUAG